AUGGCAUUCAUCAUUCAGUAUCGGCAAUUACAUCAAUCUGUCAGAGAGCAGCUGCAAGAUGUGCAGCAUACGAGCGAAAAGUCGACGAGUAAAUCUCCAUCUCCUUUGUGCGAUUCGUCAGUCAAAUUGAACGAAAAUAACAAACACUACUACUCCAAGAUUCCAGGUAUCUCGACGCAAGUGGACCAAAAUGGCAACCAAUACUUCCAAGUCGGCUGGGCCACUCCCCAGGAUCCUUUUUGUCCCCAGCAAUGGCCAACUGCCCGCCGAGUCUUGGCCACUUUGUCAGUAUGUCUCAUCGCGCUUGUAACCACAAUGGCCUCCGCAAUUGAUUCGGCAGUCAUAAAACCGGCAUCUCUGGAAUUUGGUGUCUCUGAAGUGACGGAAUCUCUUGCUACUGGCCUCUACCUAAUCGGAUUUGGUGUUGGAGCUCUCAUAGCUAGCCCACUGUCUGAAAUGAUUGGUCGGUACCCUGUCUACGUCGGAGCACUAAUAAUUUUUGGCGGUUGGAUCCUUGGCGCAGCGUUGACGCCAAACAUUGGAGGACAAUUUGUGUUUCGCUUUCUUGCUGGAGUGUGUGGUGCUGCGCCCUUGACUGUUGCUGGAGGCUCAAUUUCUGAUAUCUGGAAUGCGCUCGAAAAAACAUUCGGGUUUCCCAUCUUCGCUAUCCCAGCUUUCGGUGGGCCUAUACUAGGACCCGUGGUUGGAGCGUACAUUGGAUAUAGCCCGCAUAUCAACUGGAGAUGGUCGGAAUGGAUUAUUCUCAUCUUCAAUGGCUUCACAAUUUGUGUGAUCUUCUUAUUCAAACGAGAAACAUUUGGACCGCAGCUCCUCUAUUACAAAGCUCGUUUUUUCCGGGGAGAGACAGGCGAUAAUAGGUUCAUGACUAAAGAGGAAGCAUCAGGCAAUGAACACAUUGUGCUAGUGUUAAAAAGGCAUUUUUCCCGGCCGUGGAUCCUCCUCGCGGAGCCAAUUGUUAUCUGCCUUACCUUCUAUCUGACCGUGGUUUAUAUCGUUCUUUUUACCUUCUUGGAUGGUUAUCCAUUUAUCUUUGGUCAGACGUAUAGCAUCAAUGAUGGCCUAGUCAACACCUGCUUCAUUGGCCUUUUCAUCGGUAACCUGUUAGCCAUGGCUUUGGUGCCGUUCAGUUACUAUCGAACCGCCAGCCAGCUGAGACGCGACGGCGAUGAUGGUUCAGGCGAAAAAUUGGAUCAAGAAUCCCGCCUGUUAUUCGCCUUUUGUGGGGCUCCUGCUGUGCCCAUAGGACUGUUCUGGAUGGGUUGGACUGCUUAUCCAACAGUACCGAUCUGGUCGCCUCUCGCGGCUUCUAUCCUGGUUGGAUUUGGCGUCAUAUGCAUAUUCUUAUCUGCAUAUAUGUACACCAUCGAUUCCUAUGGCCAAUACGCCGCAUCGGCAUUGACAUUUAUCGCUCUUGUGCGGUAUCUCGCCGCAGGUGGAAUGGCUGUUGCCGGAAUUCCCAUGUACCAAAACCUCGGAGUGCAUUGGACGCUGACGAUCCUAGGGAUCAUUAGCACGGUAGCAAUGCCUAUUCCUUACGCACUCUCGCGAUGGGGGCCUUCACUUCGACGGAAAAGCAAGUGGGCGGUGGGCAAGAAUCUGUGA